AUGGAGGGAGAAGGCAGCAAGGAAAAUGCUGAAUUGGUGACGGAAAUGGUGGAAGUGAUUGAGAAAGUUGGAUCAUAUGUUGGGUUCAGGAUGACUCAGAGGAAAGAGUGUUUGAAUUUAGUGAGGAGAUUGAAACUUUUGGUGCCUCUUUUGGAAGAGAUUAGGGAGCUAGAUUCUGACGAUGCAUUGAGCUGCUUAUUGAAUUUGAAGAAUGCACUGUUUGCUGCUAAGAAACUACUCAAGAGUUGUAAUUCUGGAAGCAAGAUUUACCUUGCUCUUGAGAGUGAGGCAGUGAGGAGGAGAUUUCAUGGUGUUUAUGAAAAGUUAAACCAGGCACUUAAUGAAAUGCCGUAUAAAAAGCUUGGGAUCUCAGAAGAAGUCAGAGAGCAAGCUGAACUAAUGCAUACGCAACUCAACCGAGCGAAAAGGAGGACAGAAACACAGGAUAUGGAACUUGCAAUGGAUAUGAUGGUUGUCUUUUCAAAAAAUGAUGAUCGAAGUGCAGAUGGUGCAAUCAUAGAGAGACUAGCUAAGAAAUUGGAUUUGCAUACUGUAGCAGACCUCAAAACAGAAACUGUGGCAAUUAAAAAACUUGUUAAAGCCAGAAGUGUGCACAAUCCAGAGACCGUCCAGCAAGUCGAAGAUCUUCUUGAGAAAUUUAAGCAAAUAGUUGGAAUUGAAGAGAGUGGUAUACUUGAUUACUCUGUGUCAUCAACAAGUUUAGAAAGAAGCAAAUCUUUGUUAAUCCCCCACGAAUUCCUCUGUCCAAUAACUCUCGAAAUAAUGACCGAUCCUGUUAUAAUAGCUACUGGACAGACUUAUGAACGACAAAGCAUACAGAAGUGGUUAAACUCUGGUCGCAAAACCUGCCCGAAGACUGGGCAAACGUUGAAUCACUUGAUACUGGCCCCAAAUUUUGCCCUCCACAAUCUUAUUCUGCAGUGGUGUGAAAAGAAUAAUUUUGACCUCCCUAUAAAGGAUGCUUGCGAUGGUCCAGACCCUUCAUCUUUUGCACUCAUUGAAGAAAUUUCUUCCUUGAUCCAAAAUCUAUAUUCUUCCCAAGUGGAUGUGAAGAGGGAGGCUAUUUUCAGAAUUCGUACUAUCUCCAAAGAGAAUCCCGACAGUAGAGUUUUGAUUGCUGAUGGUGGAGGAAUUCCCCCUUUGGUUCGCCUCUUGUCAAAUAAAGAUUUUGAAAUCCAAGAACACACAGUUACAGCUCUUUUAAACUUGUCACUUGACGAGGCAAACAAGAGACUUAUAGCUGGAGAAGGAGCUAUUCCUUCUAUUAUUGAAGUCUUGCAGAAUGGAACGGAAGAGGCUAGAGAAAAUUCUGCCGCAGCGUUAUUCAGUUUAUCAAUUCUCGAUGAGAACAAAGUCCUCGUGGGUAGCUUGAAUGGAAUCCCACCUUUGGUGGAUCUUUUAUGCACCGGGACAACUAGAGGCAAAAAAGAUGCUGCAACUGCACUCUUUAAUUUGGUACUCAACCCAGCAAACAAAUCCCGAGCUGUUAAGGCAGGUAUAAUACCAGCAUUGCUUCGUCUACUUGAAGAUAAGAACUUGAGCAUGGUUGAUGAAGCCCUUUCCAUUUUGUUACUUAUUACAUCACAUCCUGAAGGUAGAAAUGAAAUUGGGAAACUAUCGGUUAUUCAAAAUCUGGUUGAAAUAGUAAGAGAUGGGACACCCAAAAACAAGGAAUGUGCUACGGCAGUUCUCCUUGAGUUGGGUUCAAACAGUUCGUCUUGCUUGUUGGCUGCACUUCAAUACGGUGUUUAUGACUAUUUGAUUGAGAUUACAAGAAGUGGAACCAGCAGGGCGCAAAGGAAAGCAAAUUCCCUUUUGCACCUCAUGAGUAAGUGUGAACACAUUCCCUUUGUUUCCCCCAAGUCGUAG